CUUCCAGGUGCGUGCCUGUAUAAAAACCUCUGGAGUGUGUGUGCAUCCUCCUACAGGGAAUUUCCAGUGCCCUCUGUCACAACAGCUCUCUUGCUAUGAUCUCUACACAGCAGCCACCGUUCCCCAGCGAAAUUCAAACAGUAACGGAUGGCCAAACUGAGGAAAAAGAGGCCUGUGAAGACCAAUAUGACUCUGAAAACUGCACUCACAGCUCCAAGCACGCAUCAUCAACAACAGAAUCCAACUCAGAUUCACCGGUCACUCUUAAAAUACUACAGAACUGGGUUCCCAAAGUUUCCCACUACUUUGAUAAAGAACACUAUACCUAUGCAGGCCAUCAGAUCAUCAUUCAAGAGUCAAUAGAACACUUUGGAGCAGUGGUAUGGCCUGGCGCACUGGCUUUAUCUCAGUAUCUGGAAUCAAAUCAAGAACGAUUCGACCUCAAAGACAAAAAAGUUUUGGAAAUUGGUGCUGGAACAGGCUUGGUUUCUAUUGUGGCCUGCAUCUUGGGAGCUUAUGUUACAGCUACAGAUUUGCCUGAAGUUCUUGAAAAUCUCUCAUUUAAUAUUUCAAAAAAUACACGAAACAUGAACACGCACAAACCUGAGGUGAGAAAACUGGUGUGGGGAGAAGACCUCAAUGAAGACUUUCCUCUAUCAACUUACCAUUAUGAUUUCAUUCUGGCAACUGAUGUUGUAUACCAUCACACAGCUCUGGAACCCCUGCUAGCAACAAUGGCAUAUUUUUGUCAGCCAGGGACAGUACUACUAUGGGCAAAUAAAUUCAGAUUCAGUACAGACUAUGAAUUUUUGGAAAAAGUUUGUGAUACAUUCGACACAACCAUUCUAGCAGAAUUUCCAGAAUCAAAUGUCAAGCUGCUUAAAGCCACAACGAGAAAAAACUGAAGAGAAAAUAAUUACUUGUUUUGAUUUAAUGGCAGCACCUUACAGUUUGGAAUGUUUUGUAGCAUUAUGGUGUACUCUUUGCAUUUAUGUCAGUACAGUUGUAUCAGUUUUCCAUUACAAAAUACAAAAAAAAAAAAAAAGCAAGACAAAUGAUAUCCUAAUGUCCUGAGCUCAUACAGAUAACCUGUUCAAAUAGAUGAAUUUCACACCAUUGAAGGAACAAUGUUAGUAGCGACAGUAAGUAGCAAGGCAUUUUCAGGAAGCACUGCAGCCCAGAAGAUCAG